GCCCCGCGAAGCCCCGCCUAUAAGGAGGCACGUGCCCCCAGGCCGCGCUCUAGGGGCUGGACUCCGGGCGGUUUGAAAGAUCGGCGCGCACCGCAGGAGCAGCGGUUGGUCUUGCGGCUGUGAUGUCGGUGUUGAGGCCGCUGGACAAGCUGCCCUGCCUGAACACGGCCACCAUCUUGCUGGUGGGCACGGAGGAUGCUCUUCUGCAGCAGCUGGCGGACUCGAUGCUCAAGGAGGACUGCGCCUCCGAGCUGAAGGUCCACUUGGCAAAGUGCCUCCCUUUGCCCUCCAGUGUGAAUCGACCCCGAAUUGACCUGAUCGUGUUUGUGGUUAAUCUUCACAGCAAAUACAGCCUCCAGAACACGGAGGAGUCCCUGCGCCAUGUGGAUGCCAGCUUCUUCUUGGGGAAGGCGUGUUUCCUCGCCACAGGUGCUGGGCGGGAGAGCCACUGCAGCAUUCACCGGCACACCGUGGUGAAGCUGGCCCACACCUAUCAAAGCCCCCUGCUCUACUGUGACCUGGAGGCUGGAUUGCAGUGGUGUAAUCAUGGCUCACUGCAGACUCGAGCUCCUGGGCUCAAGUGAACCUCCCACCUCAGCCUACUGAGUAACUAGGACUACAAGCAUGCACCACCGCACCUAGCUAAGUAUUUACUUAUUUAUUUACUUUUUUUUUUUUUUUUUUGAGAGGAAGUCUCACUCUGUUGCCCAGGCUGGAAUGCAGUGGCGCGAUCUCGGCUCACUGCAAGCUCCGCCUCCUGAGUUGAUGCCAUUCUCCUGCCUCAGCCUCCCAAGUAGCUGGGACUACCAGCGCCCGCCACCAUGCCCAGCUAAUUUUUUGUAUGUUAGCCAGGAUGGUCUCAAUCUACUGACCUCGUGAUCCACCCGCCUCAGCCUCCCAAAGUGCUGGGAUUACAGGCAUGAGCCACUGCGCCCGGCCACUGUUUAUUUACUUUUUAACUAUAGCGAUGAGGUCUUGCUGUGUUCCCCACACUGGUUUUGAACUCCUGGCCUCAAGCGAUCCUCCCACUUUAGCCUCCCAAAGUGCUGAGAUUACAGGCGUGAGCCACCGAGCCUGGCCUUUAGCCGCUUUUUAUGCCGAAUAAAUCCUGAUGACUUUUUGCUAAAGAGGCCUCAGCAGGAGUUGAUGUGCUCCCCUCGAUGGGUCUACUGAGGGAUCCCAGGGCCCGCACUGCCACACCCAUGUGCCAGGCCUGCUCCAUUCCUUUGGAAACCUGUUUAUUGGUUUUGAGAUACAUUUUGAAGAGUUGUGUUUCUGCUCUGUUCUGGGUCUUGUGCCUGUUACCGAAAGCAAAGUGAUGAAAUGCAGGGAGAACCGAGUCAGCACAUGAUCUGUCACCACCGAUCCGUCACCACUGUCUAGACCGGGGUCCCUUAUCCUGGUGUCAGGGCACUCCUCCGGUCUAAGGGCAGAAUUCAGAGGAUAGCAGUCUUUGGCUGUCGCCAGUAGAAAUGGGGAUGUUUUCAUAUCACAUUAGGAUUGGGCAGGUCUCAUCACUGCCUCAUGUGGCAGCAGCCAUUAGGCCUGCCCCUUGGUCGAUGCAUUGAUCACGAUACACACUUGACUCUAUCACGCAUUUGUUUUCCUAUUUGAUGACUACUUUUUGAGCACCUGACCAGAUCAGCACUCUGACCUCACAGAUGGGACCCUGAGGCCUGGGCACACCUGAAGUGCCUGCCCCUGCCAGGCUUUCCUCCCAGAGGGAAGAGGUGACUUGCUCAGGGUCAGACAGCUCGUGAGUGAGGGGUAGAGCCAGCUGUUCUCCUGUCCUAGCCUGCUGACCGUGUGACUUUGAAUAGGUCACUUUGUCUGCCACAAAGCAUCUCUAAAGGGGAAUCACGAUCUUUGCUCCAUAGUUCAGGUGCUGGUGGGGGACAGUGGUGCCUACUCACCUUGUGACAAGUGGUGUAAUUCUGUCUGUGGCCAUGAGGUGGCGGGCCAGGCCAGGUCCUGGGUUCUCUCAUGGCCUGGGCAGGAAGCAGGAGGUCCCAGCCUGGUUCCAGCCGCAGCAGGAGCUGCAGAAAUGCCUGCUCAGGACAUAGGCCUGCAUCCCUCAGAUGGAGCACCCAGGGUUUGAACUGGCCUCCCUCUUCAUGCUGGUGUUGUCCUCUUCAGAACACUCUUCUGCAUAAUUGAGUUUGAGCCCCACCAUAUAUCUUGAGGCCUUUGCGUGGCAGGAAUUACCAGCCCUGUUUAAUUGAUGAGGAAGCACAGGAAGGUGUGUGAUUGGCCCAGUGAAAUAAUUGCCUAGGUCUGCUGGCAGGGCUCUGUGCUGGGCCCUGGGAACACAAAUGAGUCAGAUAUUGGCCCUGCCCUCUCAGAAUCUCAUGAAAUAAGCAGACAUGUAACAUACGCAACAGCAGAACGAUUUGCUGAGCUUUGGGAGCCUGGCGGUAGAAUUAGGUCAUUUCUUCCUGGAUGUUACGAACAAACUCAUGAUUGUGGUCAGACCUGGGCAUUUGGGUCACGUCUCUGGAGUGACGUGGAUUGGAGGAAGCCUGGCAAGAGGCAGGAGACUGGGUCGAGGCUGCUGCAGGAGGCAGGUUGUGGAACCUGAGCCUCAGCAGUCUAGAGAUAGAUUUCAGGAACAAAGGCCACCAAACUUAGAGGAUUUAUUAAAAAAAUACUUCCUGAGUUUCUGUGGUGCCAACCACUGUUCUCGGCUCCAGGGACACAGCAUAGAACAGUCAAAAACCGUAGCUUCCUGCUGGGUACGGUGGCUCACACCUGUAAUCCCAGGGAGGCUGAGGUGGGAGGAUCACCUGAGGUCAGGAGUUUGAGACCAGCCUGGCCAACAUGGUGAAACCCAGUCUUUACUAAAAAUACAAAAAUUAGCUGGGCAUGGUGGCACGCACCUGUAAUCCCAGCUACUCAGGGGGCUGAGGCACAAGAAUCGCUUGAACCUGGGAGGCAGAGAUUGUAGUGAGCCAAGAUGGUGCCACUGCGCUCCAGCCUGGGUGACAAAGCGAGACUCUGUCUCAAAACAAAACAAAAAAAGCCCCAGCUUUGUUCUAGUCAAGGAAACAAAUGGGGUAAAUGAUGUGCUGGAAAGUGGAGGCAUGGCGUGUCAGGUGGUGGUAAACAGGCAAGAGUUAGGCAGGGUAACCAGGGAACGCCCCUGCAAACAGGACUUUUAAAAUAAAUAAAGACCUGAAGGAAGUAGGCGGGCAGGCCAUGGAGAUGCCUCAUGGCAGGAGGAACAGCAAGUGCAUGGGCUGAGUGUGGGACUUGCCUGGUGUGCUCAAGGUCUGGCAGGGAGGCCUAGGUGGCUGCAGCACAAUAGCAAAGGGCGGGUUGGGGUGUAGAAAUCAGGAAUAGUGGGGCUGGAUCAGUGGAGCCUGGUGGGGAGCUGCUGGAGAGCUCGGGGCCAGGGAGGGAUGUGGCCUGACUUGGGUUUUAAAUGGCCCCCUCUGGCUGCUGGGAGGAGAGUGGACUGAAGGGAAACUAGGGCAGAAAUAGAGAGACAGGUCUGGAGGAUCUUUCUUUUUUUUUUUUUUUGAGACAGAGUCUCGCUGUUUUGCCCAGGCUGGAGUGCAAUGGCACAAUCUCGGCUCACUGCAACCUCCGCUUCCAGGGUUCAAGCAAUUCUUCUGUCUCAGCCUCUCAAGUAGGUGGGAUUACAGGCGCCUGCCACCAUGCCCGGCUAAUUUUUGUAUUUUUAGUAGAGACAGGGUUUCACCGUAUUGGCCAGGCUGGUCUCAAACUCCUGACCUCGUGAUCCGCCCGCCUCUGCCUCCCAAAGUGCUGGGAUUAUAGGCGUGAGCCACCGCGCCCAGCCUGGAGGCUCUUUCUAGGGGAGUUAAGCGUGGACUCAGUGCUGGCCAGGGAAGAGGAUGGUGGGAUGGUCUGUGACCGGCUGUUUCCAGGAUGGAGUCGGCCAACCGUUCUGUGGCCAACAUGUGAGGCAUGAGAGAAAGAAGAGUCCUCCCCGACUCUGAAGGUUUUGCCAGCUGACCGGAAGGAUGGAGUUGUCUUUGGCUGAGAUAGGGAAGCCUGCAGGAGGAGCAGGUUUUGGGGGGCUUCAGGGACUCUGCUUUUGGCAUGCAAAGAUUAAGGGGUUUAUUAGCCACCUAGGUGGAGAAAGCCAGUAAACAGCUGCAUACAUGAGUGACGUUCAGAGGGAAGACCUGAGGUGUAAUUUGGGUGUUAUUAGCAACUAAGUGGUUUUAAAGCCACAGAACUGGAUGAAGUCACUGGGGGACUGAGUGUGGGAGAAGAGAUUCAGGGACCGAGCUCUGGAGCCCCAGCAUAUAGAUAUUGGGCAAAGGCGAGGGAGCCGCCUGUGUGGGAGUGGAACCCUGGGUGAGUGUGGGGGCCUGGGAGCCAGGCAGAAAAAGCGUUUCAAGGAGGGAGUAAACAGCUGUGUUGGACUCUGUCAAUAGCGCCAGUGCGAUGAGGGCUGAGAAGCUGCCACUGGGUCUCAUACAAAGGAGGUCAUGGUGGCGAGUGGUGGGAGUAAGAGCAGGGAAGUUGAGGCUGCCCUGGUCUCUAGUGUUCCACUUUGGGUAGGUGGUGAUACCCCAACCUGCCCCCAGCUAGAGAGGAAACAGAAGGUGAGAUGUUUUUGAGGCCACAUGUCGGCCAGGGGAAGACACUGGGCAGCAUCGUGUUCUUCCAGCGGACGUGUCUAGAGCAUCUGUGCCCAGGCCUGGAGCAGUCUUGUCCCUCUCUGGC